AGGGGAAUAGAUACUAAUACACACUGAGAGGAGGAAAUGUGACCGGGGAAGCAGUUUAACAAGGACCAUAUGAAGUCAGCACAACAUAAACAUCAGAAGAAGUGGAAGUGACACAGCCAGGGCUGCUCAGAUUUAAACAUGCGAGAACCAGAACAUACUUCAGCACAAAGGUCUCAAGACUUGAUACAAUCAGCAUCAUGACUCACCCUGCGACUACAUAUAAAGGCUUCUGUCUGCUCUUCCUUCUGAUACAUGUUUUGCUACCCAGAAACUCUGGUGAAGUCUGCAUUGUUUCUAAGGUGCGACCCGACACCAUUUCCCCCCAUAUCACAGAGCUGGAUUUACGUCAUUGCAAUAUAAGUAGCCUCCAAUCAAUCGAUUUUAAGUUAUACUCCAACCUGCAGAUGUUGGAUCUUUCUCAUAACUUUCUUGAAGAUCUAAGUUUCUCAGUGUUCCAGUAUAAUACUGGCCUACAACACUUGGACCUCUCGCACAAUAGACUGCGCACGAUCACAUGUAGCUCCCUGCAAUUUAUCAAAAACAUCAACCAGUUAAAUCUGUCCUACAAUAACUUUGAAUCCAUGUAUCUCUGCAAGGAAUUUGGCUCUUUGACAAAAUUGGAACAUCUUGGUCUGAGUGCUCAAAGCAUAAGAAGAUAUGACUUCAUGAAUAUUGCACACAAGGAACUUAAAACUGUAUUUUUAGGGAUCGAACAAUUACAGGAAUAUGAAUCUGGUAGCCUACAGCUACUAAAAAUGGAAAAAUUGCAUGUCAUUUUGCCCCAGACUUUGACAGACUCAACUAUUCUUCUGUUUGAUGACUUUAAUGUCUCCACAACCAUGGAAAUCUCUCAGAUCACAUGUGAAGAAAAUUGUGAUACUGCCACAGAACAAUUAUCUAUGGCAGUAAAAAAAUCUCAGAUAUCAACGCUUAUUCUCAGCAACUUCACAAUGCCAUGGAAAAAAAUUAGUGAAAUUCUGAAGGCUGUGUGGCGUUCCUCAGUCAAAUAUCUGUCUAUCUAUAAGCUUACACUCAUAGAAGAAUUUGAAUAUGAAAAGAAUGACUUUUCAGAGGGUUCGCUAAAGUCUUUGAUGCUUGAAAAUAUUAUUCCGCAUGUGUUUCUUUAUAGCGUUACUCAUCCUUUAGUUAUGUUUUCCGAAAUGUUUGUUGAGAAUUUUACUAUGUCUGACGCUGAAAUCACACAUUUUUUUUGUCCUCCUCGCCCUAGUAUUUUCAGAUUCCUAACUUUGACCAAUAACAGAAUCGCAGACGGGAUUUUUCAGAAAUGUGAAAAUCUAGCAAGUCUUCACUUUCUCAAUUUAGGAAAUAACAAGUUAGAGAAGCUGACAAACGUAAGCUUGAUGACUUCUACGAUGGAAUCUUUAAAGCAUUUAGAUGUCAGCCGCAAUGGACUGACCUAUAAAGAAAAUGAGUUUUGCGAUUGGUCGGAAAGCGUGACCUUCCUAAACUUGUCUAGAAACAAGAUUACCGAUUCCAUCUUUAACUGUUUACCAACCAAACUGGAAAUACUGGAUCUUUCCAGCAACCAAUUAAAAAGUGUCUCCAAGAAAGUGAAAAAUUUAAGAUCUUUGAAGGAACUAAAUUUGUCAUUAAACAAACUAACCAAUAUACCUGAUUGCAGCCACAUGAAUAAGAACUUGAUAUACCUAAAUAUUGAUGAUAAUUUAAUACAUUCUCCAUCAGAUAAUCUACUCUACAGCUGCCAACAUGUUAAGAGGAUAAGCAGUGUAAACAAUAUAUUUUGGUGCAACUGUGAUUUAAGGGCAUUUGUCAGCACAGCACGCCUACUGCACGAUAGGUUGGUGGGGUGGCCUGUGUCCUACAAGUGCGAGUUUCCAGAAGAUCUUAAAGGCAUUAUGCUUAAGGACUUUCAUCCUUCUGAAAUAUCCUGCAACGUAUACAUUUUAGUAGGUAUCAUUAUUGCUAUCAUUGUGGUUUUGCUACUUCUGAUGUGUUUUUUGUGUAAAUAUUUUGAUCUCUCUUGGUACAUUAGGAUGAUUUUCCAGUGGUUUAGGAGCAAAUACAGGGUAAGGAACAUUAAUGCGGAAGUUCUAUUGGGCAAACGUUUUCAUGCCUUCAUCUCGUACAGCCAAGAAGACUGUGAUUGGGUGAAAAAUGAUUUGAUUCCUAACCUUGAGAAAGGUGAUAGCUCACUAAGAAUCUGCCACCAUGAGAGGAAUUUCAUUCCAGGCAAAUCGAUCGUGGAAAAUAUAAUCUACUGCAUUGAAAGCAGCUUCAAGUCUAUCUUUGUCCUCUCUCCAAAUUUCAUUCAAAGUGAGUGGUGCCAUUAUGAGCUGUAUUUUGCACAACACUCAUUAUUCGGCAAGCACUCAGACAAUUUGAUCCUCAUUUUAUUAGAUCCAAUACCCCAGUAUUUAAUUCCCAACAAAUACAGAAAGUUAAAGGCGAUAAUGAAACGCAGAACUUACAUGGAGUGGCCAAAGGAGAAGGGCAAGCAUUUUAUGUUUUGGGCUAAUCUGAGGGAAAUAAUUAAUAUAGACAUUCCGAUGGAGGAUGCGGAAAUAUGUGUUUGUAACCCAGCAUUCCAAGAUGGCACAUAACUUGGCAGCCAAAGAGAAGCUGUUGGUCAUUACUCUUCAAAAGAGCCUAAGUGAUGCAGAAUUGUAAUCAUAACAGUCAACAGAAUAAUAUGGUGUGAUCAGUCUGCAAUGUGAACAAAACACUGUUUACAAAAGAAAACCCCACUAGGGUUGGGAGUAGGAACUUCCAAUCCAUAACAGAUACUCUACAAUACAACAUGGGAAGGUACCUAGCCUGAGCAUGUGAAAGCCAGGAAAACACAAAUGAGAAGAAUAUAAUUUAGGAUUCAUAACCCAGGGGGGAAAAGACAAUUUUUUUUAAGAAGACGAGGGAACCAUAUACUUUCCGAGCAAUCCGUUCCUGACAUGGCAUUGGCUCCUGCUGCACCAGCUGGACACAUCAUCUUAUUUUGCUGUAUGUUGUCUAAAGGGCCUCCCUUGAACAAUAUCACCAUAGAAAACACAUGAUCUUACUGACGUUCUUUACAUGGCCAAUGGGAGAUUCAGACCUCAUGGAUUGUCUAGACCAGUAAGAGUAAAUUCAAAUUCAAAUCCAGUCACCAAUAUCGGCCAGAGACUGGAAUCGGAUAAAUCCUGCUGUAAUCUCUCUACUACCAAAUAUAGGAUCUUGCUAAAUUGUAUAAAGAUUCCACACAUAUUUGAGGCCAUGCACUAGGAGGACCUCAUCCCAAUCUUCCUAGGAGUGUUUAACUACAGUAACUACUUCCCUGUAAAACACACUGUAGCUAGAAAUAAACUACAGUAUCUGGGAGGGCAUACCAAGCAGUUAUACUUUGCGACCUCUUGUGAGAGCAGCCAUGGGAUGUUCCCUGGAGAGUCUAUUUCUUCUAUAAGAAAGAAUUAUGAGUGCACCUUGCAAGAAUCUUAUUGACUUUAAUGUAGCCAUUUUGCUAAUUUUCCAUAGAUGCAGACUGGCAAAACAAAGGGCACCCCCAUCACUCUUUGUGUGAAAGAGGAGCUUUAUACAGAUGGGGCGACUGUAUCCUGCUCUACAUAAACCAAGGUCAUUUACCUUCAGGAUCUUGGAUGAGUAUUAACUGAGGUAUUUAUGAUACCGCCAGGAGAGAUUACAGAAUAACUCCUCUGACUCUCAAUGAGGGAUAUAUUUACUAAAGUUUAAGGUUUAUAGAAGAUGCUGGCUUUAGCAACCAUUCUAGAAGGUGCUAGAUAAAUGAUAAGUGUUUAAGGUUUAUAGAAGAUGCUGGCUAUAGCAACCAUUCUAGAAGGUGCUAGAUAAAUGAUAAGUAGAAGCUGAUUGGUUGCGGGCAAUAUCUCCACUUCUAUAAAUCCACACUUCAGUAAAUAUGCCCCUUAGUGCAGCUUGUCCAAGAGAGAGCAUAGCAAGCUGCCGGGAAGUUUGGGAACUAUUAUAAACCAGCCAACACCCACGUCAUUCGCUUUUCUCCACAAGAACACAGUAUAUGUCAUAUAAAGACUCUGCAGCAGCAUCAGACAACUACCUACAGAAUAUACUCAUAUUGUACAUACAAAAAUAAAACUUGUGCCUUAAAUUGUCUUAAA